UCCCGGAUGCACUCGGCACUGAGCUGUUUUCAAAACAACCGUCUGGAAGAGUAGAAAACGAAAUUGACGUUGUUUAUUGACAAAUAUGGCGAGUGAUUCAACGAUGAGGUGAAAACGGAACUUUGGCUUUGAUCAAAGUAGUACACGUAAACAAGGCUGUCGUCCGCGUGGCAGAGUUAAAACGGAAGCCGGAGGUGUGAGCAGCCAGCGGGUCACAUGGCGGAUGAAGCCAACAAGCUGACUCUGCGGCGCCUGGAGGCUCCCAUCCACAAGUUUAUUAAAGUGGCUCUGCCCACAGACCUGGACAGGCUGAAGAAAUACCACAGCAACAUCCUGAAGUUCCAGCAAAGCCAGCAAUGGGACCGCCUUCACCAGGAGCAUAUCAAUGCAAGCAGAACCGUCCAGCAACUGCGUGCCAACAUCAGAGAGAUGGAAAAGCUGUGCGCUCGUGUCCGUGCUGAAGACGCUGCAGCUCUGGAGCGGCUGGUGAAUCCUGUCAGGAACAGAGCGUUGCGCGCCACGGAAGACUUCCUGCAGCUGCGUGCUCCCCCCCCUGUGCCUCAGCCACCUGCCGAUCACUCUUCUGUCUGCGUGUCGGACAGCAACCUGUGUGAGGAGUUGAAACAAACUCAGUCACGCCUUCCUGAAAUCCCUGCUGAUGAGUGUGCAUAUGAGUCGUGGGACAACCUGGAGGAAAAUCUGAAGGAGCUGAGCGACUUGAUCACAACGUUCUCCCAGUGUGUCCAUUCACAACAGGAGAAGAUUGACAGCAUCGAGGACAACGUCAACACCGCUGCUGCCAAUGUGGAGGAUGGGACCCGGAGCCUGGGGAAGGCGGUUGGCUACAAUUUGGCGAUCCUGCCGGUUGCUGGGGCUCUGUUGGGUGGCGUCAUCGCAGGUCCACUGGGUCUGCUGGCUGGGUUUAAAGUGGCCGGCGUGGCUGCUGCGCUUGGUGGUGGUGCGCUGGGUUACGCCAGUGGAAACAUUGUCCAGAAGCAUCGACGAAGCCACUUGGAGAUGCAGAUGAAGCAGUUGACCGCCCCGCCGACUGAACCACAAUCCCACACAGACAAAUAACACUGGUGACAUUUGUUAAAUCUGUUCAAGUAAAUACUGUGCUUUAUUUCUGAGACUGUCGCUCCAUUUAAGUCCCAGACAAGGUGUGGAAAACACAAGUAUUACAGAACUAUCCUCAUGUUGUGUAUGGAUCAUUGGAACAGAAUUUCAGUGUGCGUUUCAUCUGUCAGACUUCGAUGCAUUUGCUUGUUGUCUUUGUUGAUUUACAACCACUUGGUUCCAAAUGUUCAACUGAAUCAUGCAUGAGCAUAUUUCUACUGUAACUGUGGUGUGUCAGUGUUAAAGAGGUUUUUGUUAACAAAUAACAAAAAUUGCCCUAGUGCCACUUUUGUAACGCCUUCUGGCUGAGGAGCCUAAACCUGCGACUGUUGCAUUGUUCAAAUGAAAUAUUGCAUAUUA